GGAGCCUCAAUCAAAUAAAGACGGCAAGAAAUCUCUCCAAAAUUCUCACAAUCAUUCCCAUGGAUUCCGAUUCAGACUCCGACGCCUCUCACGUCUCCGCAACUCCGCCCAGAGAUGUCAAACCUCCGACUCCAAUUUCUUCUUCCAAAUCUAAGGUAAAGGUUAAGUCUUCAACAUCCCGCGCCAGACCCAUCUCUUCUUCCAGAAAGCUAGACUCACUUCCACGACCUUUUCCAGAACCAUCCUACAUCUCCUCACCGGAAAAACACCUACCACCGCCUGACUUCUCACUCUUGCCGUUUCAAAUCCACCUGGGGUCAUGUCAGAAUCAAGCAGUUUCAAUGGAUACUUCAGUUGUUCAUAGCAUUCCUGCUGGAGGAUUAUCUUCAUCUAAAUUCUCCUCUUUCUCCAGGAUCUCAAGACCGGGUUUCACUUUAGAGUCUUUACAGAAUGAUUCAAAUCUCCCUUCAUCUUCUGAUCCUCGAAUUUCUCCUUCCAAUGUUGAUGUGGUGGGCGAUAAUAAUACGAAUUUGCCUGAUAAGAGUGUGAAACCUGUUGGAGAUGGAAACUCUGGUAAAUUAAUGAAGAGACUUCCUAAUUUGAUUGGUGGAAGUACUGUUACCCAUUUGCCUGUCAAACGACCGAAAUUUAGCAAUGAAGGCAAUUUUGUGAGGCUAAACAUCAAUGGUUAUGGUUCCAGUAAAAAAUACAAGAGCAAGAACAAAAGCUUUUCAUCAGGGGGUGGUAGUAAGAGAUAUUCCAAAAACUUUAAGAGAAGGCAGAAGCCAAACUUUGGAGAUGAAACAAAGGGUUUGUGCGAAGAUGGAAGCUUUGUUACAGGCACCACACAGCUUUCGGAGCAAAGGGAAUUUGAAGGGGAUGCGAAGUUAAUAGAAGAGGCCGUGUUAAACGUUAGAAAUGAUCCCUCUGAUGCGAAUUUGCUUGAGUUACUCAAGCUCACGUAUGGAUAUGAGUCAUUUAGAGAUGGCCAGCUUGAGGCAAUAAAAAUGGUGAUCAAUAUGCAAUCCACUAUGCUUGUUUUGCCCACUGGAUCUGGGAAAUCGUUGUGCUAUCAGUUGUCUGCAAUGAUAUUACCUGGGAUCACCAUUGUCAUUAGCCCUUUGGUUGCUUUGAUGAUUGAUCAACUUCAACAGCUGCAUCCAUUUAUCACCGGGGGGCUUAUCAGUAGUUCACAGUCAAUGGAGGAGACAUCUGAAACACUUAGGAUGCUACAAGAAGGAAGUAUAAAGGUGCUUUUUGUAUCACCAGAGAGGCUUUUAAAUGAACAAUUCAUAUCCAUAUUCUCUGCAACUUCAAUGGUAUCACUUGUUGUGGUGGAUGAAGCACAUUGUGUCUCUGAAUGGUCCCAUAAUUUUCGGCCUUCAUAUAUGCGACUCAGAGCAUCCUUGCUUGGUUCAAAGUUUAAAGCCGAAUGUGUUCUUGCAAUGACUGCAACUGCUACCUGUAAAACUUUGCAGAAUGUAAUGCAAGGUCUGGAGAUUCCUUCCUCGAAUCUUAUCCAGGCUGGUCAUUGUAGGAACAACUUAGAGCUGUCGGUCACUUUAAGCAAAAAUAGAAUGAAAGAUCUUGUCGCAUUGAUGAAGUCCCCUUCCAUGUCCAAAGUUAAGAGUAUCAUUAUAUACUGCAAAUUUCAGUCGGACACUGUUACGCUAAGCAAAUAUCUGAGCGACAGCAAUAUCCCAGCAAAGUGUUACCAUAGUGGUAUGUUCUCAAAAGAAAGGAUCCGUGUUCAGGAGUUAUUUUUUGCCAACAAGAUAAGAGUGGUUGUUGCAACUGUGGCAUUUGGCAUGGGGCUUGACAAGAGUGAUGUUGGCGCUGUAAUUCAUUAUGCAAUGCCGGAAAGCUUGGAAUCAUAUGUUCAGGAGAUUGGUCGGGCUGGAAGAGAUGGGAGGGUGUCUUACUGUCAUCUUUUUAUUGACGAUGCCACAUAUUUUAAGCUUCGAAGCCUGAUGUACAGUGAUGGUGUAGAUGAAUAUGCUGUAAGCAAACUACUAACUGAAGUCUUUAGUCCCGACCUCAAUGCUUGUGGGAAAGUUUGUUCACUAGUAAAAGAAUCUCAAUCACGUAAACUUGAUAUGAAAGAAGAGGUUAUCCUCACAAUUUUAACACACUUGGAGAUGGGUGAAGUGAAAUAUUUGCAUCUUCUUCCUCAGAUAAACGUGAACUGCACUAUUACUUUUCAUCAGAGUUCCCCAGCACUCCUUGCUAGCAAAAAUAUCUUGGUUGCAGCAAUUCUAAAACUGUCGGAGUCUAAGAAUGGACAGCAUGUGUUUGACAUACCCAUGGUUGCACACAGUAUUCCCACUUCACCUGCUGAGGUGAUGAAUCAGCUGUUAAAACUGAAGAUGACGGGAGAAAUCACAUUCGAGACUAAGGAUCCAGCAUUGUGCUAUACUGUUGUUAAAGUCCCAAAGGAUUAUUGUUCUCUUACUGCACAAAUCACAAAGUGGUUAUUGGAGGUUGAAUAUUCCAAGGUGCAAAAGAUAGAUGCUAUGUACAAUGCCGCCAUAUUUGCAGUUACAAAAUGUGAUAAAACACAAGGAUGUAUUGACUCCCAACAUACCCCAUGCUUACAGAAGAUAAUUACAGAAUAUUUUACUGGAAUAGACGACAUUGAUGUGACAAAUAAGAUGGGCAUAAGCAGUCCCUUCCUACGAGCUGAUAUGAAGGUGUUUGUGCAGAGUAACUCGCAUGCUAAAUUUACUCCUCGAGCCAUUGCAAGGAUAAUGCAUGGAAUUGGAAGUCCAGCUUUUCCUUCUACAAUUUGGUCGAAAACUCAUUUCUGGGGAAGGUACAUGCAUAUCGACUUCAAUGUCGUAAUGGAAGCAGCAAAAGCAGAGCUGAUGAAGUUUGUAGGGAAGGAGACAUCAUAACUGUAAGAAAAUCGUAAUUUAAUGUAACCGCAACUAACGAGGAAUGAUAUUCUCAUUUAAAACGUCUUAAAUGGAUUAUUUUUUAUUAGGAAUAAUAUAUGAGAUAAUAAAUAUAAG